AUGUCUUCUAUGCGCGGCCUGGUUCAGUUCAUUGCGGACUUGCGAAAUGCAAGAGCGCGUGAGCUAGAGGAGAAGCGAGUGAACAAGGAAUUGGCGAAUAUCCGACAAAAGUUCAAGUCGGGGAGUCUCGACGGGUACCAGAAGAAGAAAUAUGUCUGCAAGUUGCUCUAUGUUUACAUCCAGGGGUACGAUGUCGAUUUUGGUCACCUGGAGGCUGUCAAUCUGAUUUCCUCCAACAAGUAUUCCGAGAAGCAGAUUGGAUACCUGGCAGUGACACUUUUUCUUCAUGAAGAGCAUGAGCUGCUGCAUCUUGUCGUCAAUAGUAUCCGGAAGGACUUGCUGGAUCAGCACGAAUUGAACAACUGUUUGGCUUUACAUGCGGUUGCCAACGUUGGAAGUAGGGAGAUGGGUGAAGCGCUCUCCACCGAUGUUCAUCGGCUGCUGAUUUCUCCUACCUCCAAAGCGUUUGUGAAGAAGAAGGCCGCUCUCACCCUCCUUCGCUUAUACCGAAAAUACCCUAGUAUCGUGCAAAAUCAAUGGGCAGAGCGCAUAAUAUCCUUGAUGGAUGAUCCGGACAUGGGCGUUACCCUAUCAGUGACAUCGCUGGUCAUGGCCCUGGCACAGGAUAGGCCUGACGAAUAUCGAGGAAGCUACGUCAAGGCUGCUCAACGAUUAAAGAGAAUCGUCGUCGACAAUGACAUUGCGCCGGACUAUCUAUACUAUCGAGUACCAUGUCCAUGGCUUCAGGUCAAACUGCUACGCUUAUUACAGUACUACCCCCCUUCAGCUGAUAGUCAUGUCCGUGAUAUCAUCCGCGAGUCGCUUCAGCAAAUAAUGCAGAUCGCAAUGGACACCCCAAAGAAUGUGCAGCAGAAUAAUGCGCAGAAUGCGGUGCUCUUUGAAGCGAUCAACCUUCUCAUCCACCUUGACACAGAACAUACCCUGAUGAUGCAAAUAUCCUCGCGUCUUGGGAAAUACAUCCAAUCACGCGAGACAAACGUGCGCUAUCUCGGCUUAGAGGCCAUGACGCACUUUGCGGCCAGGGCCGAAACUCUCGAUCCAAUUAAGAAGCAUCAAAGUAUCAUUCUGGGCUCGCUUCGAGAUAGAGAUAUCAGCGUGCGUCGGAAAGGCCUUGACUUGGUCUACAGUAUGUGUGAUAUCACAAAUGCGGCCCCGAUUGUGAACGAAUUGAUGCGCUACCUUCAAUCUGCCGACUACGCUAUACGGGAGGAGAUGGUCCUGAAAGUUGCCAUCUUGACGGAGAAGUAUGCUACGGACGCCCAGUGGUAUAUUGACGUUACACUGAAACUCUUGUCUCUUGCUGGUGACCAUGUCAACGACGAAGUCUGGCAGCGAGUGAUUCAGAUUGUGACAAACAACGAGGAACUGCAGGCAUACGCUGCUCAGACACUACUCACGUAUCUGAAAAGCGACUGUCAUGAGAGUCUGGUCAAAAUUGGCUGCUAUGUUCUUGGAGAGUUCGGUCAUUUAGUAGCCGACAACCAAGGGUCAAGCCCGAUAGAACAGUUUCUCGCCCUGCAAGCUAAAAUGAUGACCAGUACGGACAACACGCGCGCCAUGAUUCUGUCGUCCUUUGUCAAAUUUGUCAAUCUUUUCCCAGAAAUCAAGCCCCAGCUCCUACACAUCUUUCGACUGUACAGCCACUCACCGGACCCGGAAUUACAGCAACGUGCAUUCGAAUACCUGUCGCUGGCGACACUGCCAACUGACGAUCUUUUGCGAACAGUUUGUGAUGAAAUGCCUCCAUUCUCCGAGAGGGCUUCUAUUCUCUUGUCCCGUCUCCACCAGAAAACGGCCGGCACGACUGAUAAGAAGACUUGGGUCGUGGGAGGCAAGGACGCCAACACAGACGGGGCGGAGAUAUUAAUGGCACAAAACACAGGUCUAAAGCGAUCAUUUACUACGAUUGUCAAUGGCACACCUACGGGAGCCAAUGGAGCUACUGCCUCCUCCAGCGCGUCAGGGGAUUUGGCCGGACUAGACCUGAGCGCGUCUACACCACCACCGGCCCCUACGAACAUGGCUAGCGCAGCGAACCUGUCUCCAGACUGGGACAUUGGGUACAACAAGCUGUACUUCUCGGACGAAGGCGUGCUGUUCGAGGACCUGCAAAUACAGGUUGGCCUGCGGUCCGAAUUCCGUGGUCAUUUGGGUGUGCUUAAGCUCUACAUAAGCAACAAAUCCUCUUUCCCCAUCGGGUCAUUGACUACGACUGUGGACAACCCAUCCGCGCCCCAUCUUAGGAUCGAUUCAAAGAGCCUUCCGGAGCCUUCGGUUCCGGCUGCUGGUCAAACCCAGCAAACCCUUUUCUUCGAGGCCAAAGGGCCAUUUUCCAGUGCGCCUACAAUUCGUAUCUCUUACCUUGCCGGUGCCUUGCAGGCUUACACACUCCAACUUCCGAUUCUGAUGCAUCGUUACCUGGAGCCCUCAAGUCUCACGGCAGAAGACUUCUUUAAGCGAUGGCGCCAGAUUGGCGGUGGUCCACUAGAAGCGCAAAACACCUUUGGGCUUGCGCCGAAGGCAGGGAGUGUCAGCGAGGGCUUCACAAAGCGGCUUGUAGAACAGUUUGGCUGGAAGUUACUGAGCGGCGUUGAUCCGAUUCCUACUAACAUCGUGGGUUGCGCUGUGUAUCACUCCGCGCAGGGAAAGAUCGGUUGCCUUCUCCGAUUGGAACCCAACUAUGAGCGGAAGAUGUACCGAGUCACGAUUCGAGCCACGCAAGAAGGAAUUCCUCAAGCGCUCGCGCGGCAGAUGGAGGAGAGGCUAUCGCAUGGAACGUUGUCGGACAGGAGCUAUGUUCGUGAGAAGCCCAGGGGUAUUGACGUUGGAGACGACUUUACCUCUGGCUAUUAA